AUGCUCCAAAAUCCGGAACAAGAGACGCGUAAUGCUCGUUCUGAAGUACAAGCUCGAGAUGUCAUCACAAGCACAUGGAGCUCGCCGAUAUCAACACUCCACACAACGUCAAAUGUGGUGAAAACGUCAAAGACAGCUCGGAGGCAGAGCAAAGCCGCAUGUCUCGGAUGUCGCCAGCGAAAAUCAAAGUGCGACGGAGGUCGUUCGUCCUGUAAAGUCUGCACCGACAGAAAAGCCGCCUGCAACUACUCGGUCGAGCAAGGCAUGACACAACAGCAAGCCACCAAGGAACGACUAAAAUGUUUCAAAAAGGUGGUGGUUCUGUUGCGAGAAAGCUCGGAGAAGGAUUGUGAUGCUAUAGUGCGAAUAUUGAAGAGUAUGGAUAGUCUAGAGAGUGCUUGCAGUUUUAUACUCGAGCGGCCGGUGGUGUUGUCUGAUCGAUGA